AUGGAUAACAUCGAGAAAAUCGUGCAAGCUCAAAAGACGAUUGCAACUGAGAUCGAAGUAAUUAUCAGAAAUUACAAAAAGGACUCCAGCGAUAGGAAGCAGACACCGGCAUAUUUUGAAAAACGACUUCAGGAUCUCAAGAAGGCAUGGCAACAAUUCGAAAUCAAUGAUAAUACCCUCCAGAAAGAAUGUUCGGAAGACAAGUCGCAUGAAUACUUCACUAAGAAUUUCUAUGAACAGGUAUUGAAAAUUUGGGAACAAUACGAAGCCACUUUUAGUGAACAAAUAACAUUGUUGUCAAACGUAACCUCAUUCGCCACUAAUAAGAAUGUAGAAGCACAAGUAAUAGCUACGAAAAACAGCUCAUGUGAUUCCAAUAAACUAUCUCUAAUGAUGCGACGCCAACAAGAGUUUGGCAAAACUAUAAAACGUCAACUAAUUGACGCUAACAUCACCACGGACAUACCUUUAGCACGUAAGGUACUGUUGAAGGAUUCUAUUCUUCGCUUAUGGGCCCAUUUUGAGGAACUCCAUUACAGCAUUUGUGAAUUAGAAUCCAAUCCAGCAACUAUUGGAUAUGAUGGAGAAGGGUUUAUAUCGUUAGAAAGAGAAGUCCAAAAUAUGUCCUUAAAGGUGGAAGAGUUGAAACUUGCUUCAACGUCUUCGCAUACCUCAACAUUAACAUCUGCAUCAAUGCAGUUACCACGAGUAAUAAUACCAAGGUUCAGUGGGAACUACUUGGAAUGGAGGCAAUUUCGCGACUUGUUCAAUGAAGUGGUAAAUAAACAAUCACUUGCGAAUUGCCAAAAAAUGUUUUAUCUAAAAUCGAAUUUGGACGGAGAAGCAGCACGUCUAAUUGCUCAUUUAACAGUAUCUGAGGAUAAUUUUAGUAGUGCCUGGAGUUUACUUUGCCAGCGCUACGAUAAUAAGCGGCUUCUUGUGAAUGCAUUUAUUGCAAAACUUAUUUCUCAACAAAUUAUAACAUCUGAAAGCUCUGAAGCUAUCAAACGACUCCAUGAUACAACUUCUGAGUGUAUUCUUGGACUUAAAAAUCUUGAAAUCAACAUCGAAAACUGGGAUCCAAUAAUACUUUUCAUUUUGACGAAGAAAUUGGAUCCAAUAACACACAGCUUGUAUGAACAGAACGUGAAGGAUCCAAGAAGAAUCCAACAGUUAAAUGAAUUUCUGGAAUUUUUAGAACUUCGCUUCCAAGCAUUAGAGGCAAUUGGAGGCAAGAGCAUUAACAAGGCGUGUUUAAAUACUACAAAUGGAAUGUUAAAAUGUUUAGCUUGCAAGGGAGAUCAUAAAACUUCCACUUGUAAAAAUUACUUGAAAAACCCCCCGGAAAUUCGCAGAAAUAUGAUUCUCAGUGCCAAACGUUGUGUAAAUUGCUUGCGCUCGGGCCAUUUUUCAACAAAAUGCCCAUCUCAGGGUUGUCUGAAAUGCAAAAGAAGGCAUCAUACAACUUUACAUGAACUUUAUGCUGCCAAUGGCAAGUCUCAGGUCACUACUGACUCAUCGCGAAAUAACGAUUCACACCAAUUAGGUGGGCAUGCAGCAGCUACGCUUACAACAAGUAGACCCGUAGAGUUGAAGAAAUCUUAUGGUUUACUAGCAACUGUAAUAAUGACGGUUCUGAAUUCUCAGGGCGUGGAAUGCAAGAUGCGUGCAUUACUGGAUUCAGGCUCACAAGUGAACCUCAUAACAGAACGAGCAGCACGAAAACUUGGGCUAACUCAAUUAUCAAGCUCGCUGAAUCUUAGUGGCGUCGGUCAGAAAAACAAGUGCUCAAAAAAAAGAGUCUACGUAGUUAUAUCAUCUAGUGUAACUAACUACAAAACUGAAAUAGAAGCUCAUAUGUUGCCAACAAUAGUUGCAAAUCAGCCUGCAAUUGAACUGGAUACAUCAAAUUGGGCUAUACCAGAAGGAGUUGUGUUGGCUGAUGCCCAAUUCAACAAACCAGGUCCAGUAGAUAUUCUUAUUGGCGUUGAAUUAUACAACGACAUGGUUCUGCCAAGGAGAAUUUCGCUAGGAAACAAUUAUCCAAUGUUACAAAAAACUGUGUUUGGGUGGAUGGUCAGUGGUCGGAUUUCUGGGUUUUCGUCUUCUGCAUCGAUUUGCGGUGUUCUUACAAAUAAUGUAGAACUCGACCUGCACAAAUUUUGGGAACUAGAGGAGAUACAGCAAGGUUCGUCGGAUCAAACACUUGAAGAACAGCAAUGUGAGGAACACUUUAAUCGAUCUGUGGCAAGAUCAACUGAUGGUAGAUUCGUUGUGAAAUUACCAUUCAAAGGAGAAGUCACUUCUUUAGGCUAUUCGCAAAGAUUAGCACAGCAACGUUUUUUCGUUGCUGUGCUGUCCGUUGAGACGUAG